CUUCUGCAGCUCGCAUCAUUUUAAGGAAGAUGUUUCUGUUGGUCCUCAAAGAUUUUAACUUUCAUGGAUGUUUCAGCUGUGUGAUGACGACAGGCCUCACCUGCCCAUCAAGUGCUCAUCGCUCAAUUUUUCAUUCGUGUCCGAGUCUCUGAAACGGUGCUGCGUAUAAAAAUGUCUGUAACUGCUGAACAUUUGUGUUAAAGGUCUGAAGCUGAAGGUCUGAACUCUAAUCGCAUCCUGAGUGUAAAACUCAAAAGCUGUCCCUGUCCACACAUUCACGGCUCUGACUGCACUUACAGUCCUGAGUUUAAUUUGCAAGCUAAGACUCUAGAAAUCCUUUUAUUUAUUUGAGUAUAAUAAAUAUACAUUCCUCUGUCAUCAGUACAGCUACAUGUUGAUUAACUCAUUUAAAUAAAUAGUGACAUGGUAAUAAAUAUAGAAUUAUGGUUCUUGCUUUGGUUUUGUAUCCUAACAAGUUUGACUCUGAAUCAUGAGACAUUUCAACUGAUGUGUAAUGUGUUUAAUUUCAUUCUGAACAGGCGGCUGAUGUUUAAAUACUGCAGUCUGUAUUUAUCAGAUGUAAAGCAGGUGUAUUGGAACAACACAAUGCAAGAAAUAGAAAAUGCAAAUGAGCAGCUAACAGGAAACAGAUUAUAGAGGAAGAAAUUGGAGGUGUGCAGUCGAUGGUUAGGUCUCAGAUUAGAAAGCAAAUUUUUUGUUUAGUCAAACAAGAAUGCAAAUAGAUGUGCUGUAAUUUGUGCUGUUUGCAUGAGAGCAGCAACAAACAGCAGGACUUUAUCAAGGUCACCGGCUCCAGGUGGGUCACAGCAGUGCUGCAGGGAAACGGGCCUCUUGAAAUAAAUAAAGAGUUGAGGACUACAAACAAACCGAUCUACAGAGGCGCUCAAACGUUCCACGCACCUCGAACGCAUCAACCGGUCUGAUUAAUGUGGUCCUUUCUGAUUGGCUGUCGUCCAGGAAGUAGGAGUCGGCGCUUACUUGACGUUCAUGUGGGACACUGAGGAGAAACAGGCUGAUUUGUGGGGCUGAGCUCGCUCGAAGCUCGCGGAAGCUUUUGGGGAGAAUGGAGAUCAAAGCGGUGCGGCUCGCUUUUAUCUUCUUCACCGCCGCAGUGACUGCGCAGCUGCAGCAGCAGGAGGAAGAUGAGGAUGGAGGAGGAUGGUUCUCGGCCUCAGACGUCAGGUCUCAGGAUGAAGGUCGGUGUAACAUCGACGUGCUGCACGGCUCGUCGCUCUCGCACCAGCAGUUCAUGGAGAGGUACGCGUACGGCAGGCCGGUCAUCCUCAGAGGCCUCACUGACAACACCAAAUUCAGGCUUCUGUGCUCCAAGUCGAGCUUACUGAGAGAGUACGGCGCCCACAGAGUGAGGCUCAGCACGGCCAACACCUACUCCUACAGGAAAGUGGACGUUCCCUUCCAGGAGUACGUGGACGAGUUUCUGAGGCCUCAGUCUGCGGACGCCCUCGGCAGCGACACGCUGUAUUUUUUCGGGGACAAUAACUUCACCGAGUGGCAGAGUCUCUUCGAGCACUACGAGUCUCCGCCGUACGUCCUGCCGCUCACCAGCGGAGCGUACAGCUUCGGCAUCGCAGGUCCUGGAACAGGAGUCCCCUUCCACUGGCACGGCCCGGGAUACUCCGAGGUCAUCUAUGGAAGGAAGCGGUGGUUCCUCUACCCGCCCGAUCAGGAGCCUCACUUCCACCCGAACCGCACCACCCUGUCCUGGGUCACAGAAACGUACCCCAACCUGCUGGAGGACGAGGCCCCGCUGGAGUGCACCAUCCGACCCGGAGAGGUGCUGUAUUUCCCCGACCGUUGGUGGCACGCCACUCUAAACCUGGACACAAGCGUCUUCAUCUCCACCUUCCUGGGCUGAGCUCUCAGGACGUCUUUAAGGAUUUCCUGGCACAUUUUAAGAAAACUGACUCACGGAGGGAUUCAACCGCAAAUAACAGAUUUGUGUCAUUUUAGGAUGUCUGCAGUUUAAUUCUGCAGACCUCUGUGGAUCACAAUCACAGAUUACUCAUUUAUUUUAGCAGGUUGUUGUAAUGUUGACCAUCACGCUGUGUUUCUGCACUCUGGAAGCUGAAUUCAGCUCUGAUCACCGUGUGCUGCAACAGGUUUUACUUGAAAUCAAAUGCAAACAUCUUUUUUUUGAUGAGAUUUGAUUUUCUGUCAUGUUAACUUUUUUACGGCGACCCCGAGGGGUCACGGAGAAGCAAUAAAGUACUUAAAAUCCUGGGAAUUAAACAGACGAACUAAACUGGA